AUGGAUCAAGCGCGCCAACUGUCCACGAAAGCGACGCGCUCGAAGCUCACGACGAAUGAGGAGGUCAUAAAUCGCAGUGAGGAGCAGAGACUUGUUCUCACUCAUUCCCGACAUCAAGCUUCAAGUCGCGAUGAAUCGCAAGGAACAUGGGCACAUUUUGCGCGACGCUUCACUACAAACAAACCACGCUUAAUUCCCAGAGCAAGUGACGAGUGCUUCCCAUCUCGCACCAGCACGAAGGUGUUCUGCUGCAUCGACCAGGGUCCACCGAAGAUGCACUCCUACUCGUUGGCGUCCAUUCAUCACGGCGAGGUCGACAGCUUGGAGGACCCGAGCUCCUCCGAUGGCGCUGUAGAUGUCGACAGCUCGCAUCAUCUUGAGGCAGCGCUUCAUGAGGUCAUGGAAAAAGAGAAGGUCUAUAGGCAUGACCAAAGAUCGAGCCGACCACGCGUGGCAUUGAACGCAACGGGAGCACUUCAGUGCCUACAGGUCCAUGCACGAAGAGAACCCUGUCAACUCAACGUCUCGCAUGUUCCAGCUGACCAACGAGACAAGCCAGCUGCUCAAACAUCUUCGAAUGGCGUCAUCCAUCGCGCCUCAACCUCCGAUACACGACACUGA